GCUCUACAGUGUACUAGUUUCACCUUGACUCAUUUAGAUGUCCAGUCGUGGUACAGUAUGCAAAGCCGUCGUCUGCUGAGAUUCGGCUAGCACGACGUAGAUUUUUUAGCACUUUAUACCCGUGAAGACAUCGCCAAUGUCGUCCGUGGUUUUCCUCUGCCUGUACCACUCGUGGAGCUAGCAUAAAACUACAGGAGUCAAAGUUUGGUAAAUUUCAGCGACAUCAAACCAUGAGCGACGGCGCAUUUAUUUCCCCGAGAACUGCAGCGGAGCGGCAGCGGUCGCUUUUCCGAGCGGGUUUGCAGCAGAAUAACGGAGCAGGACCCAGCAACGCCAAAAAGCAGCCGAAUAUGGUUCCCGGGACCUCCGCAGGUGUAGGCAACAAGAUGAUGCUGAAGGAGCAGAUCGGUGGGUCCUCAAGCUCCACCGCGACGCGGAUAAAUCACAACUUCUCCAACCACAAGGACCCCAAUUAUAACUCGAGUUCUGCUACCCGGCGGAACUACCUCUUGGGCGACAGCGAGCGGAACCAGCCGCACUACGUCGGGUACAACAAAAAUUUCAAGCACUACGACCACCUGAUGGAGCUGGAGCGGACCAAGCCCUCCCCCAACUGGCACGAGCUGUCGUCCUACAAAAAGCGGUUUUUCGUCGGCCAGAAGCUGCACGAAUCGCCCCCGGACGAGUGGAAAAGGUUGGACCCAAGGGUCACGAAACGGGUGCCGGAAAUGAGCGAGAAGUGGCGUUUUAUCCUAUUUAAAAACGUCCCCACCCCAUAGUUGUAAUGCAAAUCUGCAUGCUGAAAAUGUUUCUCAUGCGGAGCCCGAUGAGCAGUUUCUAGUCGUGUUUUGCAAUUUGUCAUGCUCCAAUCAGCAUCGUAUGCUAGGUCUGUUAUGCUGCUGAGCUAGCUCAAACAGCACUACACUACGAAUCCAAAUUUGUGAUGCAAAACAGCCAAAACUUGUGGAUUUAUCUAGCCGAUUCCCCAUCUUGACUAUGGUGUGGGGACAUUUUUACUCAGGAUACGUUUAGUCGGUUCCUUUCUAGAAGCUCGGGGGCUGAUCAGCUGCCAACUGGAGUCCUUCAACAGCUUCGUCAACCAGGGCAUUAAAGACAUCGUCAUGUCUCGGUCUAACGUGGAAAUUCGGUGCGACGUGGACCCAAACUGGUACGUGCGCUUCACCGACAUCCAGAUCGGCCGGCCCCAGAUGAUGGACGAGCGGUCGCUACAGGAUCUGGACUAUCAAAUGCAAAAGUGUCUGGGUCUGGAAACUUGUAAUGCUAAAAUGUGACUGGUGGGCGCACUCCAAUACGCAGCCAAGCAUGACAAAUUUUUGAGCUGCUCUGGUGUUUCGUUUUCCGCAUGGCAAACUGCGUUUCUGCAUGACAGACAAGAGGUCCUUUUCCUGCUCCUGCAUCGCAGAUUUAUGAGUCAUGCCAGACAAGCAUGACAAACUUGCAUUCUUCCAGACCCAGACACUUUUGCAAUGUAUAUGGACGUGUACCCGCAGCAGUGCCGAUUACGGGACCUGACGUACUCCGCGCCGAUUUACGUCUCCUAUUACUAUUACGCGGGAAAGACCGCGACCAACCCGACGGUGUCCCCGCAACCGCUGCUGCUUGGCUAUUUGCCGAUCAUGCUGCGGUCGGACAGGUGUCACUUGAGCAAGAAAACCGAGCACGACCUGAUGAAGAUGGGGGAGUGUCCUUUAGAUCCCGGGGGGUAUUUUAUCAUCGACGGGACAGAAAAAGUGCUGAUGAUGCAGGAGAACAUGAGCAACAACAGAAUCAUCGUGGAAAAAGCGGACAAGAAGACGCACCGGCUGCAAGCGGCGGUGACUUCCUCCACGAAUGACAACAAAUCUCGCGUCAUCGUCUGCUACAACGCGCGGAACUGCCUGCACAUGAAGCAUUCGAAGUUUCAGUCGUCGGUGAACAUUGUGUGUUUGAUCAAAGCGAUGGGCGUAACCGAUGAGCAGGAGAUCGUGCAAAUGAUCGGGAGCGGCGGCAUGAGCCGGUUCGGUAGCAGUGGUGGAGCUGCAAGUUGUGCUAGCAGCGGCGGCUCCGGAGGAGGAGGCGGGAAUUCAGGGAAGCGAAGUAACGCGGACCAAAACAACUCAGGUGGAAAGGAUCACGGGCGAACGGAGAGCCAGGCGAGAAGUCGGAUUCUCGGGGCACUGCUGCCGACCUUCCAGGAGGCAAAGGAUUUGGGCGUAUUCACCAAGCGGGAAGCGCUUGAGUAUCUCGGGAGGCACAUGAAGGACAGGUAGAGAUGUAAAAAGCUUCAAUGAGAUUUUCCUCGUGCUGUUCAUGUUCAUCAAUGCAACGGUUGCAUUUUUGAUGCGGCCAAAUGCGAAGCGUAUGCAUGAAUUGUCCAAAAGUGAAUUUUAUCAAUACGGUAGUUGCAAAUUGUUGACGUGCCCUUCCCAUAAACUCCAAACAGGUUCGUCUCCUCCCGGAGCGCACAGAACCAGCAGCAGAACUCCGGCAACCCCAAUACCCCGCACCCCUCGAACAAGGCCUUGCAAGCCUUCCAGGCCCUGGAAAUCGUCCUGUCCCACGUCGCCAUGGAGCCCCGGUCCGAGCACACGCCCUUCCUGGCGAAGGUGCGGUAUCUUUGUGUGAUGAUCCGGCGGAUUUUCGACGCGGAGGACAACCCCAUGCUGGUGGACGACAAGGAUUACUACGGGAACAAGCGCAUCGAGCAGGCCAGUUCCAUGAUGUCCAUGCUUUUCGAGGACGUGUUCAAAACCCUGAACUCCGAGGUGCGCAAGCGCGCGGACGGGGAGAUCGGCAAGCUGGUCCAGAAGCAGAACUACACCGACUGCGACGUCUUGAAACGCACGGUGCUGGAGUCGGGGAAGGUGACGCAGACCUUCAAGUACGCGCUGAAGAGCGGAAACUGGAAGAUUCAGCGGUUCCGCGUGGAUAUGCAUUGCAAAUAUGUCUGGGUCUGGAAGGUGGUAAGUUGUCAUGCUGUUUUUGGACUCGAAAAAAAAUUGUGUUGCAUGACCAGCAAGAGUGGUGCGAUUUGUGCUACACGGACAGGGCAUUUCUCAUGCGGAAGGUGCAUCUGGAAGCCCUCUAAAAGUAUGCGAUGCUAGGUCAUGCAUUACAGGCAUCAUGGGUCAUGCGAAAUAUGCAUGACAGAUCUUGCAUUCUCCCAGACCCAGACAUUUUUGCAUUUGAUAGUGGACCGGAGUGGGGUGUCGCAGGUCUUGUCCCGGUUCUCGUACAUGAUCUAUGCAAUGCAAAAGCAUCGUACUAGUAUGAAUUGCAUGACAGAUUUUUCCUAGAAGAAAAAUGAAAUUUGUCAUGCAGUUUUUAGUAAGAAAGCAGAUCUGUAAUGCUAGACUCGCAUUUAUUAUACGAGUGCGAUACUUUUGCAAUGCAUAUGAUCGCGCUAGGGUCGAUGACCAAAGUGAAGUCCAACGUGGAGAAGUCGCACAAGAUCGCGGGGCCCCGCGCGCUGCAGCCCUCGCAGUGGGGCAUGCUGUGUCCGGCGGACACCCCGGAGGGGGAGCAGUGUGGGUUGAUAAAAAACCUGUCCCUCAUGGCGACGGUGACUACUGGUCUAGGAGACACGGCCCUGGCAGAAAUGAAGGCGUUGAUCGAGUUAUUGAUAGGAAAAAUCCCCCUCCCCAUAUCGAAAAGGUAGGUUUCCAAAAAUUUGUGUUGCGGAUUUGAGGUCACAAAUCACAUCUGUCCUGCAAGAAGGCAAACCCAAAGAAUCCGCCGCCUUAUGGAGGUGAUUUGUAAUGCUGUUUCACCUACAUGGCAGGCCUCUCUUAUGCCAAGAGCCUACAACAGAACACCCCUAUGCAGGCUGAGGCUUUGCCUGUAGUGCCUCGCUGCAAGACAGGGCUGAUUUGUGUACACAAAUCCUGCAGCAGAAGUUUUCGUUUCAAUAUGGGGAGAGGGGAUUUCUCAUUUUGAUACGAGUCCAAGGGUGUCACCAUGCCCGACGAGUCGUCCGCAAGCGAUCAGCUCUCACCCGACUCGCCGGAUACAUUAUUAGUUUUCUUCAACGGGCUUCUCCUCGGGUCCUGCCGCGACCCCAACACGUUGAUGACGCACAUCAAGGAGCUAUCCCGUGUAAAAACAUCCCCAACCCAGAGUUGUCAUGCAAUUCUGCAUGCCAAAAAAGUUUCUCAUGCGGAGCCCUAUGAGAAGCACAAGCAUUUUCUGUUCGUGUUUUGGGAUUUGUGAUGCUAGGAUCAGCAUGCUGUGCUAGAUCUGUGAUGCUUUUGAGCUAGCUAAACAGGAUCACACUACGAGGACAAACUUGUCAUGCCAAACAACCAAAGCUGUGUGAUUUGUCUAGCAGAUUUCCCAUCUUGACUCUGGUGUGGGGACGUUUUUGAUCAGGAUAGGAGCUUCGGCGGCGGGGCGUGAUUUUCCAGUUCACCUCGAUCUACCACCACGAGAACACGAAAACCAUCAACAUCGCCUGCGACGAGGGCCGGCUCUGCCGCCCGCUGUUGAUCGUGGAGAACGGGAAAUGCCUCUUCGAUCCGAAGAAGCACGUGCCGUUGCUGACUGGGCGGCACCCGGACGGGACCCGAGCGAAGCGGUGGACCUUCACGGACUUUUUGAACAAUGGGGUGGUGGAAUUCGUCGAUGUGAACGAGGAGAACAACCUCCUUAUCGCCAUGAAGCACGAGGAGCUGACGAAAGACCACACCCAUUUGGAGAUCGAACCCUUGACGCUCCUCGGGGUGAUUUCGGGUUUAGUCGCGUACCCGAACCACAACCAGUCCCCGCGGAACACCUACACGUGCGCGAUGGGGAAGCAGGCCAUGGGCUGCAUCGGCUACAACCAGUUCCAAAGAAGCGACAACGUGUUGUACCUGUUGCACUACCCGCAGAAACCGCUGUGCAAGUCGAAAACGUUAGAUUUCGCACAGUACGACCGGUUUGGCGCGGGCAUCAACGCCAGCGUCGCGGUCAUUUCCUACAGCGGGUACGACAUUGAAGACGCCAUCGUGAUGAAUAAGGCCAGCAUCGACCGCGGGUUCGGGAGGUAAAUUUUCACUAUAAGCAGCUUCACUACAUGAGUAAGAAGUUCUUGUUGCAGGAGGUGACACUUUGAAUUCGCUUUAGGUUUUUAGUACUAUGCCGACGCUGUUUUUAGGUACUUACUAUAACAACUUAUCUAAUUCAAAUUCUUUCAACUCCAAUGAUCUGCAUUUUAGGUGUAUCGUCAUGAAGCGGCACGUUGGAGUUUGUGACCAAGUCGGCAGCCACAGCGAGGUGGUUGCGCCGCUCCCAAAGGCGUUACUGCAAGACAAGCGAAAAAAACGCGAGAAGCACCGGGUCCGAAAUUUGGACCCGGAUGACGGCGUCGUGUGGCCAGGGAGCGUAGUGGGAGAUGGUAUUUCUAAAUAAUGCUGAACUUCUUUUUGUCGAUUCUUUUUCGAUGUUAUGGGUGCUGCAGAUGUGUACUAGCUUGUUUUCCGAGAAGGAAAAAGAGAGGAAGUUGUAGGGUCAUCACAAAAAUAAAUCAAAACAAAAACUGUAUCACCCCAGGCGACAUCAUUCUGAACAAGCAGACCCCCGACAUGAAAGCGACCACCCCCUUCAAUGCCAGUUCCAUUACCAACCCGGAGCAGGCGGUGAUGCGCGACAACCCGGUGUGUCACAAGAUGCCGGUGGACAGCAAGGACAUCAUCGACCGCGUUUUGAUCACCCACAACGACUAUCAAAUGUAAAAAUGUCUGGGUCUGGAAGAGUGUAAACUUGUCAUGCAGGUUUUCCAUGACCCAUGAGGUCUGGCAUGCGGGACCUAGCAUGACAGAGUCUGUGAGGUCUCUGUCAUGCCUAUCCUGCAUGAGAAACUCCCUCCCAACUUGGCCGAAAGUGGGCAGCUUUUGGCAGUCAUGCAACACAGAUUUUUGCAUGAUUCGGCUUUAGCAUGACAAGUUGCAACCUUCCAGAUCCAGACACUUUUGCAUUCCAUAACGACCAGCACCUGCGGAUUUUCAAGAUGAUGUACCGCGACGUAUCCUGCCUAAAAACGUACCCACACCAGAGUCAGGAUGGGGAUUUUGCAACACAAACCUAGGAGUUUUGUGAGUCACGCAUGACAAGUUGCAGGAUGUAUUGUAGUGCAGUUUAGCAAGGGAAGCCGCAUAACAAAUCCACCUCCUCAUCCUGUUCACAGCAUCACAAAUUCCAAAACACAAUGGGAAAUGGCUCUCAUGGGGAUGCGCAUUACAAGUCUUCCUGUCUUUGCAAGUCUGCAUUACAACUCUGGUGUGGGUACGUUUUUACUCAGGAUACGACACCCGCCGCCCCGAGCUGGGCGACAAGUUUGCGUCGCGGCACGGGCAGAAGGGCGUGAUCGGGCUCAUCGUGCCCCAGCAGGACAUGCCCUUCUCCGAAACCGGGUGGUGCCCGGACCUGAUCAUGAACCCGCACGGGUUCCCCAGUCGCAUGACGGUGGGGAAGAUGCUGGAGUGUGUGGGCUCGAAAGCCGCGGCGCUGGAGGGCACGUUCUGCGACGGAUCCGCGUUCGGCGGGACGCCGCCGCAGAAAAUCUACUCCACGCUGAUCCAGCACGGGUUCGCGCCGAACGGGAAGGAGUUUCUCACCAGCGGAAUCACGGGCGAGCCCAUGGAGUGCUACGUCUUCGUCGGACCGAUCUUUUACCAAAAAUUGAAGCACAUGGUGGCGGACAAAGUUCAGGUACAGCAGUUCUUUUCGAUCAUAAAAACUAAAACCAUAAUUGUCGAAGACGUUUCUUUUCGUUGUCCUCUUCGUUCUUCAGCGACUGGACAACGAACUGGAGAACAAGUUUCAGUUCCGCCAUACUUUUCGCACGACUUAGGAUUAUUUUGAUAUCGGUGUGCUCCGGUGAGCAUUUGUUAGGCGGAAUCAAUGCAACCAAUCGGAGGACCGACGAGAAAGAUUGGCAUCUUCACAAGAACUCUUGAUAUACCGAUGAUAUCACCAAACCUUACUCUCCACAGGCCCGCGCCCGCGGCAAGCUCAACGUGUUAACCCGGCAGCCCACCGAGGGCCGCGCGAAGCAGGGCGGCUUGCGCAUGGGGGAGAUGGAGCGCGAUUGCUUGAUCGCCUACGGGGCGUCGAACUUGCUGCUGGAACGGUUGAACUUUUCCUCCGACGUGACGGACGUGAAGAUCUGCCGCGACUGCGGCCUCUUCGCCGACGCCAACUUCUGCCGCUACUGCGACGAAUCCGGGGACAGCAAGGGACGACUCUUGGACUGCCGCGUGCCCUACGCCUGCAAACUGCUGUUUCAGGAAAUGCAGUGCAUGAACGUGGUGGCCAGGAUCGGGUUUGAGGAGGUGUAAGCUUUUUGGUGCACAAAGCUGUCGGAGUAAACUUCACUUCCACAAGGGGAUCCUGCCAGCGGCAACGCGAAAACGACUUGAAGGCUUUUUUUUCGAGUUCCAUCUACAUCGUUCCAGGUGCGACCUCUUAUAGAGGCCCUGAGCUGCGAUCUAAAUCAGACGACCAUCUUCAAUCAUCAUGCA